CAAAAAGUGUUGUUAUUUAACAGCAAAAAACAUAUGAUUAAUAUGGUGCAGCUUUCUUUAAGGACACGUCUAUUUGACAUUUAUGGUAGGAGUCUCAGGUGUCAGUAUAUUGUAGCUGCAAAUUUCCCAACAUGGGAAGGAUGGAGGAUAUUUAGGAUGGUCUUCAAAAUGGAGGACUUUGUGCUUUCUGGCUUGGUAACAUAACAAGAUGCCUUUGUCUUACUAACUUCAAGAGGCUGGUGAAGUAACAUUUGUUGAUACAUGCUGUAAUGUAAUGACAGAAACUAACUUGUCUUGCGGAAAUACCACAGCAAUUAAAUGCAAUUAUAAACAGUAAAAAGUAUGAUGUGUCAUUCAUUAAAGAACUGUAAAAUUGUCAUCAUUGUCAAAUCACUGUGGUAUAAGAGGACUGCAACACCUUGGGAUGUAUAGAAUGAUAUACAUAGAAUGCUGGAUGUAUAGAAAAAUAAUCUGAUUUGUAUCAGGCCAUAUCACAUCUUAUAACGGCAUGCCCCAUUAUGUUUUAUUCCUUACUAAACAAUUAAGCAAGCGUACAAAACAUACAAAACCAACCUAAACACUAUAUAGAGAUCACAUGGAUAGGGGACCAUUCUCAGGACAGUAAUGACAAUAUUAUGGCAUAGUAGUGGCAUAUUAAUGUGUACAGUCCUGGCACAGUAGCAUUGCUGUUUUUGUCACUUUAUUUAUUUUUAUCUUGUUGUUCCACCUUGUAAGCUAUAGAGACUAACGGUCAUAUUUUUCAGUGCACAGUGCGUGUUAACCAUCUUCUAUCCCUUCAUGAGUGCUCAGUGUUUCUGACCACAGGACAACAUGAUGGUGCAGUGAGGAGAGUUGCUGCCUCACAGCUCCAGGGUCCCUGGAUCAAUCCUGAGCUUGGGUUACUGUCUAUAUGGAGUUUUUGCACAUGUGGGUUCCUCCAGGUUCUCCGACUUGUUGAUUGGUGCUCUAUGUGUGAAUGGGUGUAUGUGUGCAAUGUAAUGCCCUACAAUGGACUGGAAUCCCAUCCAGGGAGUAAACCUGACCACCAGGACUGUACAACAGAUACUGAAAAUGAAUGAAUGAAUGAAUGAAUGAACCAGGCUACUGUCAGUAUUUGUAUACCUUCAAAGUGCAUCUGAACCUGACAAAUUUGUAUAAGUACAAGUAACUUAAGUAGUAUUUAUUUAUUUAUUUUAUUUAGACUAGGAGCGAAUACACAUAGCUAAUACACUAACACUCUAAACGAGACUUGAACCUUCGGAUUUUAAGUUGUCGAGCUCAUAGAUAUGCAGGGGUUGUUAAUACAUCACAGAAAUAAUCGAUUGAGGACUUCAUUGUACGAGGCUAAAGCAGUUGCUGUUGUAGCUUCAAGAGACUUAGCAUACUGACAUUAGCACACAACGUUAAACUAUGGCAGGAGACGAGAACAUUUUUCUAAGAGCGAAACACCGGACGUAUGAAGGUUUAACGGAAGAUGAGGAGAAAGAGUGGAGUGGGCCGUUUUGCUUCAUCCAGGCGGCUGACCCGCAGCUGGGUCUGAUGAAGGCAUGGAGGAUGGGAGACUCUGAUGGAGGAGGAGAUGAGUGGGCAGAGGAGGUGCAGCUCACGAAGCAAGCUGUCGAGGCCAUCAACAAACUGCAGCCCCGGCCCCGCUUUGUUGUUCUCUGUGGGGAUUUGAUCCAUGCCAUGCCAGGUUGCCAAUUCAGAGAGGAUCAGGAGAGGGACCUGAAGGAUGUUCUGCGGGCCACCGAUCCGGACAUUCCGCUUGUGUUUGUCAGCGGUAACCAUGACCUGGGCAACACUCCCACUCCGGACACUGUGGAGCAGUACUGCCGUGCCUGGGGUGACGACUACUUCAGUUUCUGGGUGGGUGGAGUGCUGUACCUGGUGUUGAACUCCCAGCUGUUCUUUGAUGCAUCAGGCUGCCCUCAGCUGGAGGAAGCUCAUGAGGCCUGGAUGGAGAAACAGCUACAGAAAGCAGCCAAGAGCUCAGCACGGCACGUCAUUAUCUUCCAGCACAUUCCACUCUACCUGAGGACUCCAGACGAAGAGGAUGACUACUUCAAUCUGCAACGAGCUAAGAGAGAGAAUCUGAUUCACAGAUUCUGUCAAGCAGGUGUCAAAGCCGUAUUCUCAGGUCACUACCAUCGCAAUGCAGGUGGGUGCCAUGCAGGACUGGACAUGGUGGUGAGCUCAGCUAUCGGCUGCCAGCUGGGCGACGACACACACGGGGUCCGGGUGGUGGUGGUGACCGAUGAUAAGAUCAUCCAUCGCUACCACAGUCUGGACCAGCUGAGAGAGAAGGGCAUAGAUGAAGAUCUGAAGAAACUCUUAUCUUAAAUGAAAGUUGCAGGCAGACUUUUUGACCUUUUUGGAAUAGAUUUGUUGGUUCUAGAUCAGUAGAAAGAAAAAAACAAAAACACAGUCUGCUUUCAACUGGCAAUGCCUCUGAACAAAAACAGUCAUUUUGUGUCAACAUCCAGAAGGCAUCUGAAUAAUAAUCUUCUGCACGCACAGGAGAAGGCAGUGAAAAUCAAUAUAUUUUUUUAAGGUGUCAUUAAAGUGCAAUUUCCAUUCUGAUUUUCAAAUUCCUUAGUUGCUGUAAUGUUUUGGUCUUUCCUGUCAGAAAUAUGAGGUUUGGGGAUGUAAUUUCAAGUAUAAGCAAUAUAACUAUCUCUCUUUUCAUCUUCCAUGCUUUAAUCAAACAUCUUGACAUUUGAAUCAGUCGAACGUACUCGAGAAUCCCCUAUUUCUUUAUACCCACAUCCCCUAAUCACACUAAUAAGCCAGUGGAAGUAGUGUUCAAGCUGCUCGUUUGGUGAUUUCAUCCUCUGUGUCCAAGCCCAUUACACUCUCCCAACUCCAAGAGGUGAGAAGAGGCAAUCUCCAUGGCAACCAUUGAAAGACAUGACAGUUAAGACUGUAACUUACAGAGACUUGUUCAGUCAUCAGAAACCGUUGCUGAUUUUCAUCUCACACUUGUGGUUUUAUCUCUCAGGUUCAGAAUCCACUGUGAUGAUUUGAUGCAGGAAAAAAAAAACAGAAGCUAAAGUCUGUGUUGAGGCAGGGAUUGUACUCAUUUCACUACAUCUGCCUUUGUAAUGUACAACCCAACCCUACCAGUUGUGAAAGGGAACAUCGUGAGGGAUCACUGCACUACCUUGCCCUAAGCCAUCUUUUUUGUAGCAGUUUGUUUAAAAUACACAGUAUAUAAUAAUUCCAAUCAUUAGCGAUCGAACCAAUAUUUAUGGAAGCACCUUUGGGGAUCCUCCUGUUGGCAGUUGUGUGCUUAAGUGCAGGAAUGUAAAUAAGAGCUAAAUGUCUCAAGGAUUAAAAUAAACAUAUUUGGACUGUUACAACUGUUCUUUCACCUUUUAGCUGUGUUGACUUGAAUAAUGUCUGUAAAAAAAAAAGAUAUGUAUUAAACAAUGCAUUUUUCAUAAUCUUUUGUGAAACUGAGCCAAGAACAACAGUCCACAUGGGAAAAUAUCACAAUUUAUUAGAUUCUUUUUGGUAUGGAGUUAAAAUAGAAAACAAUAUAUGUUCAAUAUUUAUACUAGAUGGCUUUACAGAUGUGUAAUCAUUUUGAACUCACUGUAUUGUUAUAUUUUUAUGUCACUGGACUUCUACAUUUGCAAUAAAUGUUUUGUGGUCUCCAGUCAGAAUGUGUUAUAAA